AUGCCUUCGACAUUCACCAUGGAACAGCUAGUGCUGCGACGCUCCGCAGUGGAAGGAAAGUUGAAGCGGUCCACGACACGAGUGAGCAAGCUCAAAACGGACACGGUUUCCAUCGACGAACUCAACGCUGAGCUCGAUAACUUGCAUCUUCUUUGGCAAGACUUUCGAGACCUGCAAAUUUCCAUUAUCGGCCUCUGUGAGGAUGCCGAGGCCAUCGAAAACCACCUGGAUUCUGAAGCCGAGCUCGAAAAGCGGUAUAUCUCGCUAAAAGCCACCAUCACGCAGUUUAUACGAGUGACCGCUAAUCGAGACAAUCUGCCGGGAUCAUCGCCAGGAGUUUCAAAUUCGGUUGCCAGCCCGGAAUCGAAUGCUACGCUAGUUCCCCCCGAGCUACACCUUCCGAAGGGAAUCCUCCCUACCUUUUCGGGAGACUACGGAGAGUGGAAUUCCUUCUACGACCUGUUCGUCAGCUCCGUGCACAACAAUCCGCGACUGACGAACGCACAAAGGCUGUUCUACCUGAAAACGUACACUACGGGAAGAGCAGCCGCCCUCUUGAAGUACAUCAAGGUCGAAGAUAAUGCCUACGCCGGAGCCUUGGACAUUCUGAAAAAGCGCUUCGAUCGGAAAGACCUGAUCGUUAAUCAUCAUAUUCAACGGUUCUGCGAAAUUCCGAGCACCGUUAUUCUUUCGGUGAACGGCCUGGGCAAACUUAACGAAACGGCUGAAGACGUCAAGCGGGCGUUGCAAGCGAUUGAACGUGAAGAUCGAGACUGCUGGUUAAUUUACCUUCUCUUGGCUAAGGUAGAUUCCGAAACCCGACAGCAGUGGUCGGAUAAGAUCGCUUCAAAGCAGACGCCUCCUAAGCUGGAGGAAUUUCUGGAGUUUCUCGAGCAACGAACCUAUUCGUUGGAAACGGCUCAAACUCCGACCUCAAAGCCAACGCUGAAGCAUUCCGCUAAGCCGCAACCGCGGAGCUCAAGCUUCGUCAGCACCCACGAAGAACCGAAGACUCCCACAAAGUGCUCCGUCUGCAACGAAGGCCCGCACAGGUUAUACUAUUGCAAACGUUUCCAAGAAAUCCCGGUUGCUGAACGGAUUCGUUUGGUCAACCAGCUAGGCCUGUGCAAGAAUUGCCUCUGUGCGUCCCACGGCAAAAAUCCCUGCACUGCUGGAGACUGCCGUAAGUGCAAGAAACGACAUCACACUCUUCUCCAUGAAGGACCGCCGCUAGUAUCUAUCCCGCCACAGGGCAGUCAGCUCUCAUUCGGAGUCACCAGUCAACUCUCGUACAACGAUUGUUUUACCUCAGUAUUUCUCGCCACCGCCGUUGUCGUUCUUGUCGACGCAAAUGGUCAACAGAUCCCCGCCCGUGCUCUAUUAGAUUCUGCGUCGCAAGCAAACUUCGUCACGGCAAAUCUCUUGAAGAAGCUGGGGUUGAAGACACACAGAAUAAACUUGCCGCUUAAAGGAAUUUCCGGAUUAAUGACCAAGAUUACCGAAGCCGUCAGGACCGUUGGCGGACGAAAGGUUCAAUAUUCCGGCGAUAUCGAUUUGCUGAUUGGAGCCAGCGUUUUCUACGACCUGCUUCGAUCGGAACGCGUGUCACUAGGACCAAGCAAGCCAAUCAUUCAAGAGACCGCCCUAGGUUGGGUGGUAGCCGGAUUCUUCGAGUCAACCAUCUCCGCUCAGAAGGGACCAAUGUGCUUUGUGUCCAGCAUCGACUCUGAAGAACCAUCGCUAAGCAAAUUAGUCGCAAAAUUCUGGGAGAUCGAAGAUUUCAAACCAAGCAAGCACCUGACGAAAGAGGAGAAGUUUUGCGAGGAACACUACACCCAAACUACAGUCCGUGAUGCAACUGGACGCUAUGUGGUGAAGCUUCCUUCGUACUAA